UGUGUUUUCAAUGUCUCAAUUUUCAUUUAUACAAUUGCCUGCAGUUUAUAUAUAUUCAUUUCAUGGGUGCUGCACUAGCAGGCAUUCAGAUCUGAUCGUUCAACUGAUGAGACCAUCAAAAGUCAGGUGUAAUUAAACUCUAUGUCUUUGUCUCCUGCCGGUGUGUCUUUUGUUUUCCUUCCGUGAUGGAAAGCGCAGGGAGCCUUCGGCAUCCUACCCACGAGCACGAGCUCAUCCGGCGAGAGUUGUGGAAAGAAUGCAGUGUUGUCUGCUCCUUGUGCAGGUUCCGUUUCAGCGGCCCAACCUACCGCUGUCUUGGCUGUAGGUUCUUCCUCGAUGAGUCGUGUGCCUCAACAGAACCACCUUUCCAAAUACAGCAUCCCUUUCAUCCAGAGCAUCCUCUUACCCUCGAGGGGACCUCUGACCGACCCCUUUACCGCUGUGGCAGUUGCAGAUUCAGGCUGGAUGUGAUGAUAGCAAUCGCAACUCUGCCAGCUUCUGCAGAGCGAGAGAUGAUCCUCCAUAUCGGUCAUCCGCACCUGUUGACCUCCUUUCACACGAACACGACCCUAUCUGAAACGUGCAAACUGUGCAGGGAAAAAAUCCACCAGGGAAAAUUUUAUGGCUGUAGCCGUGGGUGCAUGUUCUUGCUUCACCAACAAUGCGCGGAAUUGCCCCCAGAGAUUCUGCAUCAUCCUUUCCACCCCCAGCACUCUCUCACCCUUGAAGAUUUCCAAUGGGGGUCAGAAUUCAAAUGCGAAGCAUGCUCUCGUGCAGGAUAUCCGGGGCCUGGAUACAGCUGCAGUGAAUGUGAUGUCCGAUUUCAUGUACACUGUGCUGCCUGGGCUCUACCCUCUCGAGAUCACCAGGCCGAGAUCGAGCAUUUUUCCCACCAGCACAAGCUGAGAACUCUUCAUCAGAAAGAGAGCAUCUCAGAAUUGAAGUGCGCGGUUUGUAGGGAUGGUAUAUCCGGUGAAGUUCAAUAUUGCUAUAAGUGCCGCUUCUUCCUCCACAAAACAUGUGGAGAUCAGGAGUUACCUCGAGAGAUUAUGGUUCAUCCGUUGCAUCCAAUGCACCCUCUCAUCCUCCAACUGAAGCCUACAUGCAACGACAAUGAUCAAGGGUCGUGGUCCAAAUCCCACAAAUAUUUCCGAAGAGACAACGCCCCAAUCAUAUUCAGGUGCAAAGAAAGCUGCAGGUUCAGCCUUGACACAAAAUGUGCCCUUCGUGUUCUCGAGGAGGGGUUAGUUGCUGAGAUUCAGCACUCUGCCCAUGGCCAUCCAUUAGAGCUUCUUAUUAUGCAUAGCUAUAAAUGCGAUGCUUGCCAAAAAGGUCUUGCUGGUCUGACCUAUUCGUGCAAGAUCCAUAAGUGUACAUUCAAGAUGCACAUCUCAUGUGCAAAGCUGCCACUGAAGUUGCAACAUCCUCUCCACCCUUCCCACCCGCUUCUCCUAAAUACAGCAUUGUCUAAAGAAGGCUUUAUUUGCAGUCUCUGUCGCAAGAAAUCGAGAGGCUUUUCCUUCAGUUGCACUGAUUGCUGGUUUUACUUGGAUAUAGUGUGUGCUACAAAAAGACCGACUUUCAAGCAUCCACGCCACGAGCACCACCUUGCUCGUUUUAGUUCAUCAUGUCCAGCAAGUCUAACCGGAGACAAACAACAAUGCAAUUCCUGUGGCAAGGACUGCGGCUAUUGGGAUACCCCUGAAUACUAUGGCUGUUUGUCGUGCAACUUUAAUCUUCAUGGUUAUUGCCUUCUCGAUCUGCCACGCACUGUUCAACAUGAAUGUCAUCCUUAUCAUCCAUUGGUGCUGUUCGACAAGUUUGUUCUUGGAAGGCCUGAUGACCAGUACUGCGAUAAUUGUGAGGAAAUCAGGAAUCCAGACCACGGUGUUUAUCGUUGUGAAGAAUGCUGGUACACAGUUCACAUCGAUUGUGUGUUGCAGCCGAAGCUACUGGAUUAUCCUUUUCUCCAUGAGCUGGAUAGAAAAAUUACUUGUUUGGAUAAAAAGAUAAAAGCAAUGGAGAUAGAACUACAGGCGUCAAGGAAAGAACUAUAUGCACUCAAACAAGAAAAAAAGACCGAGGCGUUGAAAGCAUGGAGGAUAGCGCACAGUGUCAAUUCAGAAGAAUGGAGAGGCAACAAGUGAAAAAGCGGACUUUCAAGCAUCCACGCCACGAGCAUCGCCUCGCUCAUUUUAGUUCAUCAUGUCUAAUAAGUCUAACUGGAGGCAAACGACUAUGCAAUUCCGGUGGCAAGGACUGCAGCGAUUGGGAUACACUUGAAUACUAUGGCUGUUUAUCGUGCAACUUUAAUCUUCAUGAUUAUUGCCUUCUCGAUCUGCCGCACACUGUUCAACAUGAAUGUCAUCCUUAUCAUCCACUGGUGCUGUUCGACAAGUUUGUUCUUGGAAGGCUUGAUGCCCAGUACUGCGAUUAUUGCGAGGAAAUCGGGAAUCCAGACCAUGGUGUUUAUCAUUGCGAAGAAUGCUGGUACACAGUUCACAUUCGAUUGUGUGGUGCAGCCGGUGUCAGUAUCCCGUUUUGGUCCACCGGCUUCAGAGGGCUAAAUCAUUAUUUAUGUCGUCCAUCGGAGGGAAGUAUUUUCAGUUAAUUACUUGAGCAUUCAUGACUUCUAAAAAUAUGGCAUUUUAUCAGUUUAACGCCAAUUUACCAUUUUUCGGAAAAAUACUAUAUGGGACGUCUUUGGAUUUCACAUGCAUCAACUUUCAUUUUUAGAAUCCAGGACAAAACUCAGGGCCAAAAAAUAUUUUCUGCACAAUAUUCAGCCUUGAAUUUUUUUGAACACAACGGUGGUUCCGAAACAUUUUUUCGGAUAUCUGAUUAAAAAGAUGAGAAAUUAAAAAAUGAUCGAUUAAUCAUGGCCGACGUGCUACGUAGGCCCGAAGUCGAUUUUUAUCAAGAUUCAACCUUCGUCAACUCAAAUUGAAACUUUUAUAGAGCCGAUUAUUUUUGAAUUUCUCAAUUUUGAAGUUUUUCGUUCCUAAAUGUCGAUAGAUCCCGAUAAAUUAAAUUUUUGCCCGGACGGCACACGCACGAACAUAAAAUAAAAUAAAAUAAAAGCUAAGCAAAAAAAAAAGAAAAAGAAAAUGGGGGCAGUAGCUGUUGACUUUUUCUUUUCUUUCUGUUCUUUUCGGUGGCAGGCAAGUUGGGGGGAGGUUACUGUGGCUCUUCUUCCACUGAUCAACUCCAGAGCUCAAUCGAUCUCCAUCAGAAAGAUCACCAUCAAUCGGCUUGGACUUCUUCUUCUUCGCACGCCAAGCUUUCAAGAAGGAAAUCAGUUUGUUUCUCUGCUUCUUCUCAGCAGGACCCGAGCCUGCAAUCUGAGUCCUUGGACGUUUGAAAAAAAAAAAAGAUUUCCAAUAAUUUCUACUUGGAUCCCAGAUCGACAAUAUGCAUAUUCUCAUUUAAUAUGUUCUUUUCUCGUUUAUUAUGCAUAUAUAACAUGGCAAUACGUGUUUUUAUA